AAUUAUGGUAAAUUGAUGGUCAAUAUAUAGUUAUAAGCACAUCAAGCAUGCAUGUAUGUAUGCACAUAUACGUACGCACAUGUAUAUGUAUAUGUAUGUAUGUAAAAUCAUAUUUUCAUUGAAAAAGUAAUAAGUAAAAAAAUAAAAGCCAUUAUUUGUCGGGAAGUCGGCAUCCAGAAAAACACUCUCGUACAGAGAGAGACGCAUCUGAUGCUCGAUGCCGCGAGGACGGCCUUCUUACCUCGAGUUCUCAAACGCUGCCUCCAUGCCGACGCCCAACUACCCCUCGAGUUCUCCCUCGUCGCUGCCCUCAAGUCCUCCGCCACCUCCCUCCGCCUGGGUGAGCCCCUCCACGCCUUCGCCCUCAAGUCCGGCCUUGCCCGCUCCAACCUCUUCGUCCGCAACGCCCUCCUCAACCUCUAUGCCAAGUGCGGCCGACUCGACGCCGCCGCCCGCCUAUUCUUCUUCCCCUCCGCCGCCGCUCCCCAGCUGCGGGAUGCCGCCUCCUGGAACAUCAUGAUAGCUGCGCAUGCCAAGGCCGGCCGCCUCGCGGACGCGCGCAACCUGUUCGACGCGGUGCCCCACCGGGACCGUGUCACCUUCACCACCAUGAUCAUGGCCCUCGCCCAGGCCGGCAGCCCCGCCGAGGCCCUCGCCGUCUUCCGCGACAUGGCCGCCGCCGGCGUCACACCGAAUGAGGUCACGCUUGCCAGCGUCCUCUCCGCCUGCUCCCGCUUGAGAUCGGCUCGAGGCGUCUCUAUGUCCCACGCCGUGGCCGCAAAAUGUGGGCUCGAUGUGUAUGUCCUCGUCGCGACCAAUCUGGUCCAUGCCUAUGCCGUGUGCUCGCAGUUGAGCGGUUCUCGAGCCGUUUUCGAUUGGAUGCCGGAGAAGAAUACAAUUACCUGGAAUGCAAUGCUCAAUGGUUAUGCGAAGGCCGGUCUCAUUGAUCAAGCUGUAGACUUGUUUGAGAGGAUUCCAGCAAGAGAUUUGGUUUCCUGGAGUACGAUGAUCGAUGGGUACUUAAAGGUUGAUAGGUUGGGGGAAGCUUUGAUCACGUACCGUGGAAUGCUACAAAAUUCUGAUGCAAGGCCAAAUGAAGUACUGAUGGUCGAUUUGCUCUCAGCCUGCGGGCGCUGCUUUGCAGUUCGAGAAGGUCAGCAAUUGCAUGCUGCAGUUAUAAACACUGGAUUGGAUUCCUAUGAUUUCAUGCAGGCAACACUGAUCCAUUUUUAUGGUGCAUGCAAGUUCAUUGAUCUUGCUUGCCUGCAGUUCGAGUUGGGACAUAAGUCGCAUGUUUCAUGCUGGAAUGCACUGAUGGUGGGGCUAGUGCGGAACAACAUGGUGGAUGCGGCGAGGGAGCUGUUCGAUAACAUGCCUGAAAGGGAUGUUGUCUCAUGGAGUACCUUGAUUGCUGGCUAUGUCCAGAAUGGGCAGUCUGAUCUUGCUUUGGAGCUCUUCCGAGAGAUGCUAUCAAUGGGGUUUGAGCCCAAUGAGAUCACAUUGGUGAGCGUUCUCUCUGCCGUUGCAAGUUCCGGCACCCUGGAACAAGGGAAGUGGAUCCAUGACUAUAUACUUAACAGAUCCAUCCCUCUAACUGAUAAUUUAAGUGCUGGGCUUAUUGAUAUGUAUGCAAAGCGUGGGAGCAUUGGAGUUGCGAUGCAAGUGUUUGAUCAUGUAAAGCAGGGGUCGGCUUCAGCGUCGCCUUGGAACACAAUAAUAUGUGGUUUGGCCAUGCAUGGGCAUGCAGAUACGUCCCUGAGCAUAUUCUCUGAUUUGCAAAGAAGAAACAUUGAACCCAAUUCAAUCACCUUUAUAGGAGUAUUGAGCGCAUGUUGCCAUGCAGGCUUGGUGGAUUCAGGGAGAUGCUACUUUGAGUUGAUGAGAAGAAAGUAUAAGAUAGAACCAACCAUAAAGCACUAUGGCUGCAUGAUCGAUCUUCUAGGCCGAGCUGGGUGCCUGGAAGAGGCAGAGCAGAUGAUCGAGGCGAUGCCCAUGAAAGCAGAUGUGGUGAUAUGGGGGAGUAUGCUGGCUGCUGCCAGGACUCAUGGAAAUCUGGAGGCUGGGGAAAAAGCUGCAGCGAGUUUAGCAAGGCUGGAGCCCACUCAUGGGGCAGCCAGAGUACUCCUAUCUAAUAUGUAUGCUGAUGCGGGUAGGUGGAUGGAUGUAUUUCUUGUAAGGAGAGCAAUGCAGAGUGGUAGAAUGCAGAAGAUGCCUGGUUGUAGUGGAGUUCUAUGAAUAAUUGCUGUAAUGGACUUGUGAAUUAGACAUGAUGCAAAGUCUCUAUUUUGUAGACCACAGUGAUCAUAUUGCCUUCACCAGAAAUCUGAACGACAAAAUUCUGCAUUGUUAUUUGAUUGGCUUGAGGUCAUGAUCAAACUGUAGGGAGCAAGCUCUCGGGGUAUUGAUAUGUGGCGAGGGUGAUUCUGCAAACUGUGGGUCAUCCAUGAGCAUGAUGCUAUGGACUGUUAAUUCUCUGCAACUCAACUAUUUAUGCUAUGAUUGAGCAAAGAGGGGAAGGAAAGUAAGAAUAAGAUGAAAAAAUGUGAAGUGUUGGCAGGACCAUAGCCCUGGAUAAUCAUAAAUUCACAUAUCUGAAGUUACAGAUUCGGUGACAUGCCUUAAGCUGGUGAAUGCAUCAUUGAUUCAUACCCAGAGGUGGGUUAUAACAUGGAGCACUCAGAUUUACAGCAAAAGUAUAACCAACAGAUGAACUUCUUCAUUGCAGCUGCUGCUUGAGAUUUGAGCUGAUAUACUUAGCUUGGAUAGAAUCUUUUGUUUUAUCAGCCAAUAAAAGAAGCAUAUUUGAAUUGGCUAUUUUCAAACUGAUAGUGUGUAAGCAACUUGUUGUGCUGUGGCUAUAACCCUAAACUUCUUGCAUAGGGUAGGUGGUUUUGACACCAAGGGGGUGCUUAGUUGGAGGAAAUUGAGGUUUGGAAUCAGAAUGGAAAUGAAAAUUGAAAUUGAAAUGGAUUGGAAU